UAGGGUCGACUAUCGCCGGUUCUUUCUAACGGCGUGGCCAUUGGACACUCACGCUGUGCGUCCCUCUUUGACUCGUGUCCUCCUGCCCUAAGGCUGUUGCUUGACUACAAGACGACACGAGUGCCAGCACGAUGACGACGGAAGGAAGCGACGCCUCCUCUGUGGAAUCCCAUGGACACUCUUUCAGAUCCUCUGAGGCACCCCGUUUCUCGUCUAUUGUACGGGCAGACGAUGAACAGUCUCCGGACAUGGCUCGUCCAGCCAGGUCCGCUGAGAGAACAAGGCCGAAUUAUGGAUCCAUUGGACCUUCAAGUUCAAGUAUUCAAGAAUCUUGUACGGAUCGAGACCCGCAAGAUGCCUUCCAGUCCUCUUCUGGCCGUGGUCAGCCGUCGCAAUCGCCCUCCAUAGCGCCGAUGCAGGCGGAUAGAGCGCGGAAGCCUGCCGUGUUGCGUCGGAUGUCAUCAAAGAAGCCAGGACCCCAUCGAGGGCAGGAAUUCUCGACAGACGACGAUAUCGCGGAGGUCGUACAGGAUACCUCAUUGCCGCAAGCAGCGAUCCCUGAGGCUUCCCCUAGAAUGCGUCCUCUAAGAGAAAGGAGCUCCACCAUUAGGCGCAGAGGGAACGCAACACCCAGCGCGCUGGCACGACAUGAGUCGAGUCGGAACGUCGACACAGAGCCUGGGCCAGAUGAACCUGAUAUAGAUGACUCUGGCGAGCCAUCAUCCUCACGAGGACAAGAGGACGACCAGCGGGAAGAGGGUGAUAGCAGCGAUGCGGAGAGCUUCACAUUAAAAGAUCGCCAGGAUGCGAUCAACGAAACACACCCGUUUGGGAUCAGAUUAUGGAAACCUGCCCUUUACAAAAAGAAUCGGUCCGUCGAUAAGACUGCAGAAGGUGACAUCCAUUCGUCACCCGGAGGUCGCGUGAACAAUCUCUUGUUCUUGGUCAACUUACUAUGGACAUUGUUCUUUGGAUGGUGGCUUGCGAUCGCCGCAUUCAUAGGCGCUAUCGCCUGUUUCCUCUUCGCUUUUGCGCCCAGCGCCGUGGCUUAUGGAAAGGUAUUUUUGGGACUCUCGCGCUACUUAAUCUAUCCUUUUGGAUCGUUUGUACGCCUGGACGCCGACGAGAACUACGCGGAAGAAGAUGAGGGCGAAGGCCGCAGCAUCAGCGAAUACGAACAGUGGCAGAGCGGUGACAUCGAACAUGGCCGGCUGUUCUUUGGCCCCCCUAGCAAUAGAUCCCUUAUUGGCCGUCGUAGGAACAGUAUCGACUCCGCCAUCAGUGAACAUGACAGUCUUCUUGGGCGGCCCAGGAGAGGCGAGCACCGCGAGCGAGCCUAUUCCCAUGCGAAGCGCCGUCUGUUCGGCCGUGGGGAGUGGACGCUUGGUCGUGUUGUGUUUUUCACAUUCUACUACUUCCUCGUCGGCCCGCUAAUGCUUGCUGUCUCUCUCGUGUGCUGGAUGCUUGUCUUCUGGAUUCCUAUGGGACGCGUCAUGCUCAUUCUGUUCGACCAUCUUCGUCGACAUCCUUUGGCUCUGUCGUUCCACUCUGAUACAACAUCCUCAAGGUCGAGUUCGUCAUCUUCGAUUCUCCUCUGCACGUACCGUGCUGCAGGGACCCGGUAUUGGAAAUAUACUGUGGAUGGAACCAAUAUCUUCUUCAUAAAUCUUCUGGGAGUGGUGCUUUUCGUCAUUGUCGAUUACUGGAUUCUGGGCGUAACUCUCGGAAUCGACUCGUGGUUGACUCACCCAGGUCUAAUAUUUACUCUCGCGCUUAUCUCGAUCAUACCUCUUGCAUAUUUCAUCGGUCAGGCCGUGGCAUCUAUCUCAGCCCAGUCGUCCAUGGGUCUGGGUGCGGCUAUUAACGCUUUUUUCUCCACUAUCGUCGAGGUCUACCUAUACUGCGUUGCCCUGAGUGAAGGUAAAGCCCAGCUUGUCGAAGGUAGCAUUAUAGGUAGUAUUUUCGCGGGUAUCUUGUUUCUCCCAGGAUUAUCUAUGUGUUUUGGAGCUAUUAAACGCAAGACCCAAAGGUUCAAUGUUAAGUCGGCUGGUGUUACCUCGACCAUGCUGCUAUUUGCGGUCAUUGCCGCAUUUGGGCCCACACUGUUCUACCAAAUUUAUGGUAGUCACGAGCUCAAUUGUCGAUCAUGCGUGAAUCCAGGUCGCAGGGAAAGAGACUGCCGUCGUUGUUACUUUUCUCAGGUCCCGGCCGUCAACGAUAAAUUCUUUAUCAAGGCCGUCCAGCCCUAUUCGUGGUUUUCGGCAGUAUUUCUCUUCUUGUCAUACGUUAUCGGUCUUUGGUUUACUCUCAGGACUCAUGCCGCCCUCAUCUGGGCCACGGAAAAUGACGAAAAGAAGGCGGCAAACUCUGCCAUGGAGUCGUCACUAUACGAUGGCCGAAUUCACGAGCUCGCCAAUGGACCCCACCCGACAAGCAGCAGCAGCAGCAAUCUGCAUAAGAAUUCCAUCCGAGAUUCGCAGUUGUAUAAGCGCAUUCUGGGCCAAUCCUUGAGACAGGUUGGUCUAUCAGACGGCAACCUGGAGGGUAGCUGGACACACAGUGAUACCACCACUAUGCCCGAGAAUCUCACCCCGCAUGUCGUACCUCCCAGGGGCGGUGAUGAUGACGACUUCCAUUCCGGACUGAACCUCCGUGGCCUCUCUGAUGAAGAAAACGAGCGUCUCGCGCGUCAAGUAGCCGAAGUAGCUGCAACUGCUGCAGCGGUCGCGGCCCGUGAUGCCACCCGGUCUCGAAAGCCAUCCUUUGUGCCGCAUGGCGGAGGGCGUCAAGGGCCUCGACAUGCUCCUGAGCGUCCAACAACCGGUCCUGAGGAGCAUGAAGACAUGGGUAUCGCCCUUGACCAUGGUCAGUCCAGUGGUGGGCACGAUGCUCCAAACUGGAGCAAAGCCAAGAGUUCCAUUAUUCUCUUGGUCGCCACAUUCAUGUACGCUGUCAUAGCUGAGAUGCUUGUCCGUACUGUGGACGUGGUCUUGCAGAGCAUAGAUAUCGACGAGAAAUUCCUUGGUAUCACCUUGUUCGCGCUAGUGCCGAACACUACUGAGUUUCUGAACGCUAUUUCUUUUGCAAUGAAUGGGAACAUUGCCUUGUCCAUGGAGAUAGGCUCUGCCUAUGCUCUGCAAGUGUGCCUCUUACAGAUUCCAGCGCUCGUCCUCUUCAGUGCUGUCCAUUCGCGAUUCAUCGAGCCGUCGGAGCUCCUGAGCCAUUCAUUCAAUCUGAUCUUCCCGCAGUGGGACAUGGUUACAGUUAUCCUCUGUGUCUUUCUACUCUCGUACGUAUACGGAGAGGGCAAGAGCAACUACUUCAAGGGCUCCAUUCUCGUUCUUACUUAUCUCACCGUUGUGAUCGGCUUCUAUCUAUCUGGGUACAACACCAUGGAGACGAUGGAAGUUGAUCAAUUCAACACCUUGGCUGUGGACCAGGGCUAUUGCGAGACAUUUCGCACUCUAGGAAGGGGUUCUAGCGGCCCUGCCUACUGAUCUGUCUGAACCCAGCUCAAAGAGAGAGAAAAAAAUAAGUACAAAAAAAACAAAGGGACACUAUUUAUCGAGACCCGCCCCAUAAAGCAAAAAGA